UGCAUUUUCCAUGAUGUGGACUCAGUAUUUAGAAUUCAACAAGACAAUUGGCUCAAACAUAUGAAAUGCAGAUCAGUUCCCACGAAGGCUUUAUUCAUCUGAAACAAUUGGGUAAGGAAUUUAAAUGAUGAAAGCCUCUUCCUUGUUCGCUCCAAUUGCCAAAAGGCUGGAAGGUAAGGUUGCAGUGAUUACUGGUGGUGCUAGUGGCAUUGGUGCGAGUACUGCAAGGCUGUUUGUCAAACAUGGCGCUAAGGUCAUCAUUGCGGACAUCCAAGAUGAGCUUGGUCACUGUGUGUGUGAAGACAUUGGCAUGGAAGAUCAAUCAAUUUCCUAUGUCCAUUGUGAUGUUAGCAGUGAGACCGAUGUCCAAAAUGCUGUUGACACGGCUGUGGCCAAGCACGGUAAGCUUGACAUAAUGUACAACAAUGCAGGCAUCUCAGGUAACCUGGAUCCAAGCAUAUUAUCUGUGGAUCGCGAAGAUUUCAAUAGGGUAUUCGAUGUAAAUGUGUAUGGUGCAUUCUUGGGCGCCAAACACGCGGCAAGAGUGAUGAUCCCAGCCAAGAAAGGCAGCAUUCUGUUCACUUCAAGCAUGAGUUCUGUCGUCAGUGGUUAUGGCCCACAUGCCUACACGGCUGCAAAGCACGCUGUGGUUGGACUCACCAAGAACUUAUGCGUGGAGCUAGGGAAGUUUGGGAUCAGAGUUAACUGCAUCUCUCCAUAUUGCGUGACCACGCCAUUGCUGAGGAAAACACCUGGAUUGGAGGAUGAGAAAAGGGCAGAGGAGGUGUUUUCUAUGGGGGCAAACUUAAAAGGGGCGAUGUUGGAAGCUGAAGAUAUAGCUGAGGCAGCAUUGUACCUGGGAAGUGAUGAGUCCAAGUACAUGAGUGGGCUGAACCUGUUAGUUGAUGGGGGUUACAGCACCACCAAUACAGCUCUUGGAGAUGCCUUCAAAACGCUAGUUUCUUGAACCAGUUUCGCUGCAGUACUUGACAAAUUCUACUUUCAAUUUCUUAUUUCUCUAGCUAAUAUAUGCAAAUGUUGAC